CGGGGGAGUCAAGCGGGAUCCAAGAUGGCGGCGGCAGCAGUAGUAGGGAGGUGAGAGCGAGGCUCACUUGUGGGGUGGCGGCUAUGGGGGGGGGAGGGCUGUUUUCAGAAUGGCUUCCCUCCCUCCGCCCCGAAGACCACCAACUCUUCAUUCCUCCUGAAUGACCCUUUAACUUCCGGGGCUCCCCUUCAGCCCCCGCUCCCUUCCCACAGUCGCCUUAUUCCCGCCCUCCAACCCCACAUGGUCUCCCCGCCCCCAUUGUGGGCUCCCCGCCUCCACGUCGCUUCUGGAAUUGACCUCCUUCCCUCAGGGCGCCCCACAGGUGUGCGUGCUGCUCCUUGCCCCGCAUCGCCAGCCCCUGCUCACCCACCCAGCCCAUGGUCCCCGAAUCCCUUGCAGGACCCCUUUCCAUUUCUGCACCCCCCACAAGCCCCUUCUAAGGCUUGCAGACCCCUUACAGUGCAGCCACCUGCCUGCACGUCUGUCUACCUGUGCUGUGCGCACACGAUGCAUUUAAAACACCCUGUGCAAAGAAUCCUGGGAACUAAUUUACCCUGUCAGGGAUCUACAGUUCCCAGCGCCCUUAACCAACUGCACUUCCCUGGAUUCUUAGAAUCACAGAAUUGUAGAGUUGGAGGGGACCCUGAUAGUCAUCUAGUUCUGCUCCUUGCAAUUCAAUUGGUCAUCUAGUCCAACCUCUCCCCACCCCCAAUUCUUUGGGGAGAGCCGUGUACUCUAAAUGUAUAGUGUGGAUGUGAUCCAUCUCUGCAAUUAUUUUUUAUUAUGAGACAGGUAAUCCAAUAUCUCCAUUUGACAGACCGAGUUCAAGAGACACUAGCCCAGGACCCCCAAACAAAUCCGUGGCUGCACGGUGAUUUUGAAUGCAGUUUCUGAUGGGCAUCUGCUUUAGACAUGAGAACAGGAUGUUGGACUAGAUGGACCUUUGAUCCAGCAGGACUUUUCAUAUGUUCAUAUGUUGUAUUCCACUGGUCAGUCUAAAACAGGGUCCCCACCUCCCACUAGUAGGCGUUUCAGGAUUCUAGGUGGCCGGUAGGGGGUUCUAUGGCACAAGCUGAACCCUCCUUCCAUCAAGCACUGGUGGGCGGCAAGGAAAUUUUACCAUCGAGAAAGAUGCAUUAGUGGGCGGUAGGUAUAAAAAGGUUGACUACUCCUAGUCCAAAAGAAGUCAUAAUGACACCUUUCAAAUUACAGGCCCAAAGCCAGGAUGAAAAGCUGCCCCCACACCUUUUGAUUUUCAGAAUUAUUUUUAAGUAGUGUAAGUCAACGAAAUGUAUAUUCCUACCCCAUUUGUUUCCCCGUUUUUAGCUUGUAAGGCCCUUGAGGUCAGGGAUCUGUUUUGUUACUUUGCCACCUGCUUCUUUCCCUUCCUGGUUAAUUGAUUACUAUACUUGGUCUUUUGUUUUCCCUUGUAUUUGUACAGAAAUCCGAAAGGACUGGUAUAAAAUGGUGGGGGUGGUGGUGGAGGGUGAUGCACUUUCAUGAUGAUGAUGAUGAUGAUGAUGAUUAAUGAUAAUACUAAAAACAGAUCAUGUAAUUAAAAAAACCCUGUUGGGCUUUUAAGGUGCCACAAAUUUUCUUCUUUUUUUAACAGGCGACGCAUACACCUCAGUUUUGGCAACUGCCCUGUAAAAGAAGCAAAAUACCAUUCUGACUGGCAAUUGGCAAGUCAAGGCAAUUGAGGAACGCUCCUCCGGCUAAAGCAAAGAGUGACACGGCGCUUGCCUUCCAUGGGUGCCAAGCUUUAUAAUGGAAAGUGGAACGCUAAUCUGAAGGGACGGCAGGCCUGCAUGGAACUAUUUUCCAAGGGGGCCCUUUCUGUGUGCUGUUUGUAUGCUUCCCUCAACGCCGCUCAACCGCGCGCAGGCGCAGAAGGGAAGUAGGGGGGACAAAGGGACUGGUUCUUCUGCAGCUUUUCUCCCCCUGGGCGGUAUGUCUGCUCUGUGCGAUCCCCCAGGGGUGGCAGGGCAUCCGGGGUCCACCCCCAGCCCCAAACCAGCAGCUGCUUCUCCAUCGCUCAGGUACUGAUUCUCUUACCUCUUCUCUCUCCUCCCUGCAAGGGACUAGGACACCCCCUUUACGCUGGCACCACCCAGUCCCUUCAUCUUUGUACAGAGGGUGUGUUGAUGGUCACUUGCUCUGGUGGCUCUGGAAAGGAAUAAUUACGCUUGUGACAUUUUACAGAGGUCCCUGCCUCAAAGAGCAUGCAGUCUAAAAUCCGAAGAGAAGUGGUGGCAGGGAGGGUUAACACAGGGAAAGCAUAUGUACCAUUUAUGUGCAUUUUGGGUGAAGUUGCGGCUACUAUUGUGCACAGCAAUGGGGGUUGGACUAGAUGACCCUUGGGAUCCCUUCCAACUCUGCAAGUUUAUAAGGCCUGUUGGGAAAUUCAGAAGUGACAGAUAGGGUGCCUUGGGUUGGGAAGUAGGACUGGAGGCAGAGCAUCUGCUUUGAGCGCAGAAAGUACUAGGUUCUAUACCCAGUAUGAUCUCCAGGCAGGGCUGGGAAGAACUGCCUGAAGCCCUGGAGCUACUGCCAGUCAGUGUAACCAGUACUGAGCUAGAUGGAGAAAGGGUCUGACUUGGUAUAAGGGAGCUUCCUAUGUUAACAUAUAAUAAUAUAAUAAUAAUAAUUUAUUAUUUAUACCCCGCCCAUCUGGCUGGGCUUCCCCGGCCACUCUGGGCGGCUUCCAAAAAAAUAUUAAAAUACUAUAAUACAUCAAACAUUAAAAGCUUCCCGAAACAGGGCUGCCUUCAGAUGUCUUCUAAAAGCCUGGUAGUUGUUGUUCUCUUUGACAUCUGGUGGGAGGGUGUUCCACAGGGAAGGCGCCACUACCGAGAAGGCCCUCUGCCUGGUUCCCUGUAACUUGGCUUCUCGCAGUGAGGGAACCGCCAGAAGGCCCUCAGUGCUGGACCUCAGUGUCCGGGUAGAACAUGCUGGAUCAGACUCAGGGCUAAUAAUUACAGAAUAAUUUUUGAAAGGAAGCUCUCACCACUGGACAACUUUCCCCUAACCUGGUCAUGUUUUUCUUGUGAAAAGACACAUGCAUAAAGUUCAGAUAUUUAGCAAAUCACAUUUUAAAGCAAAUUUUAAAAAUCAUUAACACCCGCCAUUGUUCUUAAAGUGGACUGGAGCUUAUGAAUUAAACAGAACACUUUUUCAAGCUGUAUGGGGGGAGCGGGAAUUGAAAAGGGAGAGAAAGGCCUCUGGGAACACAUGGUGAUUAACCUAGUUUCUGUUGUGAGAUGGUAAUAAAGUAAGCCAGGCAUAGGCAAACUCGGCCCUCCAGAUGUUUUGGGACUACAACUCCCAUGAUCCCUAGCUAACAGGACCAGUGGUCAGGGAUGAUUGGAAUUGUAGCCUCAAAACAUCUGGAGGACUGAGUUUGCCUAUGCCUGGAGUAAGCCCUUGCAAGCAAAUUAAGGCCCCACCUGCACUACACAUUUAAAGCAGUAUCAUACCACUUUAAAACAGUCUUGUUUAGGAACGUUGACCGAGGAUUGAUGCUAUGUUUCCUUCUUUUUCCUUUGCCUCCUGUAGUUCGCAAGAGCUGGCCCAGGAAAUCAAGGCCUUCCUUAGCGGUGUAGACCCUUUGCACGGCAACAAACUCACCCUGAAGGAGCAUGCCCGAUGCGCCAUCUUGCUCCUGCGCAGUCUGCCACCUGCUCGCAGCGCCGUCCUGGACCACCUCCGGGGUGUCUUUGAUGAGUAUGUGUGCACCUACUUGCUGGACCUGGAGAGCAGCGAGGGUGGGCUGGGCUCCAUCCGCUCCCAGGGUCCCAACCUGGACGACGUGGUGCAAGAGAUCCAGGCCGUGCUGUCCGAGUUCGUCCGCAUGAACCCCAAGGCGUGGGCAGGCUUGGUCUCGGCCUGGUCCAUCGACCUGAUGGGACAGCUGAGCAGCAAGUAUGCUGGCCGGCAUGGUGUGCCCCACGCCAGCAGCCUCAACGAGCUGCUGCAGCUGUGGAUGUCCUGCAAGGCGACUCGGACGCUGAUGGAGAUCUACACGCAGUGCCUCUCCUCCAUGAUCAGCACCUGCCCGGACGCUUGCGUGGAUGCCCUGCUGGACACCUCGGUCCAGCACUCUCCGCACUUUGACUGGGUGGUGGCCCACAUCGGCUCGUCCUUCCCCAACACGAUCAUCAACCGCGUGCUCUCCUGCGGGCUGAAGGACUUCUGCAUGCACGGCACGGCCUCGGCUGACCUUCUCCUCUUCCCUAGCGCCACAGCGGCAGACAAGAGGGUCCCCAAGAUCGCCUCGGUGGUAGGCAUCCUGGGCCACUUGGCCUCCCGCCACUCCGAGAGCAUCAAGCAGGAGCUGCUAAGGAUGUUCCAUGGGAGCCUGGGCCCCACGCGGGACCAGCAGCAGAAGGCCACCGUGCCCUUCUUGCUCCAGCUGGCCGUCAUGUCUCCCACUCUGCUGGGCACCAUCUCGGCCGAGCUGGUGGACUCCCUCAAGCCAGGCGUGCUCAACCAGCUGCACCAGCACUUCGCCUCGCUCCCUCGGGAGGAUCUGGAGAACAUGGUCAGCAUCGUGGUGCACCUCAUCUGCCAGACGUCGGGAGGAGCUUACCGCACCCUGCAGUUCCUCAUCAACACAGCCAUGCCGGCUUCUGUCAUCACCACCCCGGGCCUGGCUGUCCACGACAGCGUGCGGGAGGCUUGCGACCGUGUCAUCCAGCUGCUGCUGCUCAACCUCCAGAAACUGGUGUACAACCGGGGCUCGGCCAGCUUGGCGGAGGCCCCUCCGCGGCCGGUGCCUUUCCUGGACGAGCUGAAGGGCCACGUGCGGGAGCUGUGCGUGGAGACGCUGCGGCUGGAGAGGAAGCGGUUCCUCUGGCAGCACCAGCUGCUGGUCCUCCUCUCCGUCUACUGCACCCCCAGCUGUGCCAGCGAGGCCCUCUUCUUUUUGCUGACGCUGGCCAAGAGCCAGGAGGAGCUCAGCCUGGCCACUCAGCUCCACGCCGUGCUCAGCUCUUGCAUGAGCGACCUGCUGCCGGCCACCGUGAAGAAGUGCGUGUGCCAGAUCCACGCUGGCGGCCUCUCGGAGCAGCACAUGGCUCAGCUCUUCCAGAACCUGGCCUUGAUCAUGCAGAGGGAGAGCGAGGGCCCCGCCUCCAUGGGCCACCAGCUGGGUGAGGCUGUCGCGGCGCACCUCUAUGACUUCGGGCAGCUCCUGCUGCACUGCAACCCGGAGGUGGCCCAGGUGGCGGCCUUGUUGCUCUCCGUCUGCCCCAUGCCAAAGGCCAUCCGGCCGGCUCACCUCCUUUUCCUCAUCCGCUCGGCCGUCCACCACUUCUUCCUGGUGCUGCGCUGCAAGUGCCCCACGGGCAUCAGCUACGGAAGCCGCCUCCUCUGCUGCCUCAGCGGGGCUUCGCCCACCGCUGGCAAGGCCAUACUUCAGUACCUGGUGGAGGGGGCCCUGCACCCAGGGAACGCCGAGCUCUUUGGUGGGCUGCCUGAGCCUCCUGCAGUCGGAAACGACCCUGCCGCCCUGGAAGGCACCAAGGUCUCCCUGUUGGAUAUCAACCGGCGAUUUAUGGCCGCGGUGAACUUCUCGGGGAGUGUGUGGUCUGUGUUCCAUGCCGGCGUGAUUGGGAGGGGCCUGAAGCCGCCCCACGCCCCCUACCAACGAGAGCCGGAGGAGGUCUCCCACAACGUCCAGACCUUCCUGGGGUUGCUGCUGCGGUGCUGCGGAGCUGAGCACUGCGGCCCGGAGCCCUCCCAGCACGCUGCCGUCAGCCCCGAGGCAGCGAAGACGGUGGCGGUGGUUCUGGUGGAGACCGUCUGCCCUGACAUCACCAACAGCGAGUUGGCGUGGCCUCCGGAGGAGCACACCCGCAACACAGUGGAGCGGGACAUCCAGAUCGGGAGGGCUUUCCGCGACAACCCCCUGCUCUUCCAGCUGCUUAGCCUGGUGGCGGCAGGGAGGCCGGCCCUCUGUUACUGCUCAGUGCUUCUCCGCGGCCUCCUGGCGACUCUGAUGGCGCACUGGGAGGCUUCGCGGGAGAAUGACACCACCAGCUCUCCCUGGCACCUGCAGGCCUCCUGCGCCCUGGUGGCCUGCAUGGGUGAGGGCCACCUGCUCCCGCCUGUGCUCAGCAACAUGCAUGAGAUUUUUGACCAGCUGGCGCCCUUUGAGGUCCACCUCUUGCUCCUCAGCGUCUGGGACUACAUGCGUGACAACAGCCCGCUGCCGCAGAAGUUCACCUUCAACGCUGGCACGGGACUCUUCUUCCGGGACUUCAGCAGAGACACCGACAUUGGCAAAUACCUUUGCGUUCUGCACAGCGUCCUGCAUAAAAACAUUGACCGGCUGGGGCUGCUCUCGGGGCGCUUCCAGAUCUAGCGCCCCUUUUGGUGCUUUUGCCCUGUGGGAUUGGUCAUCCUGCCUGCCACUGUCAGGGGAGGGAACAUCCUGCCUUCCUGCCUUUUUAAAACUCUGCUUUUGAUUGUAAGCAAAGGGAAAACUGUCAUAUGACUUGUCCAGGUGUGCAGCAGUUGGGGGUUGUCAUGAGAAAGAAGGAACAGAAGGUCCUUCUUUCCCAGGCCUCAUCUCUAUCCUCAGCUUCGAUGUGAUGCCACCCCAGCUGGUGUUGGCAGCUUAGUUUGCAGAAGGACCUACGAAGUGUGAGCUGAAAAUGCAGUUGUAUGUCAUGAGAUGUUGCUUCAAAAACACAACAUGCAGCAAGUAGAGAAGUUGCCAGGGUCAGAGGCCUCGGUUAAAGCCAGAUGGUACCAGUAUGGACACAGUCUUGUGUACUCUGCUGUGUGCCAUGUGAUAUGGCUGUCAGUGUCCGUUGACAUAGCCAUACCCAGGUAGCCUGAGGGGAGAAUGCCUGAAGCUUUUGCAUUUCUCUAUCUUGUUUUUCCAGAUCUGUUAGCUCACUUCCUAUGGUCAUAUAUGGCUGGUUUCUCAAUGUCUUGCUAUGAUCUGGAAAUCUGUUAAGAAUCCCACAGAAGUUACAAUCACUGAGCAGGUACACAUUCCUAAAUGCACAAGAAUGGGGAGGGGACAAGGAGGGAAAAUUUGGUGAAUAAAUUCUGGUACAAACCACCCCUCCCCGCAAAAAGACCCAAACCUAUUUCCCUGUAAUAAAGGACAAAUAGAUUAAGUAAUAAUCAACUUACUGGGCUGCUCAGUUGGUGAGUGGGUAUAAGAAUGUGCAAAUAUUUCUAGUUACACAGAGCUGGUGAAAUGUUGCCCUCCUGAAGAGCUCUGCAUAACCUGAAAGACUUUCAUGUUUCAUGCAAAUGCUUCAACACGAGCAGGGCCCAGUCAGUACUGCCUUGCUUGACGUGAGAGUGUUUCCCCCAGACUGCUUCACUAAAGUAAUGAUUUGGGCAGGUGAAGCCAUUUGCCUGUUUGGCUGCUUCUUAGAGUGGCUCUGAGCUGGCCAUUGAUUGCCCCCCCUUCCUACAAUUCCUGGUGAUGGGGGUUUGCCACAUGGGGUUGUAGCCAGCUAAGUCCUAUUCAUUGAAACUUUGGUUUCAGUGGGCCUUCUCUGAGUAGCACUUGGAUACAACACUUUGCAUAAAGAGAUGUGGCCAGCUUAUCCUACAAAACUGAGGGCUCUUUUCCGGAAGGUUUCUGAUGCUGUUGUGUGGGAACAACUGACCAUAGUGCCAGAACUUAGCUAAACUUAUCCGUGCGUACUUGAGCACUGAUCUAUAUAGCCAGUCCAAAGAGAGAUGUCCCCCUAUUGGUACCAGAGCUCCGCUUGUGUGUGACAAGAGUCCUGCUUGACCUCCUUGUGCCUAAAUGCCGUCUGGGCAAUUGCUACUUUCCUUUUCAGGGACGAUUCAAGUGCUAGAAAGAGGUCGUGUGUAGCACGGGGUUCUUGCUGUCAAGUCAUUUUCAGCAGGGCUGGAGGGUUGCUGGCCUUUCUGCUUUUGCAUCAUCACAGCCCUGUUGGGUGGUUUUUGUGGGAGGUGAUGGGUUAAACCAUUUUCUAAAUAAUAAAGUGAAGAAGGAACUUC